GCUACGACGCGGCUGUUUGCAGAAGCGUGCUAGAGCAACAAUUGGGAGGAGAGGGGCACCGUCUUAGUUACUGCGUUUAUCUUGUUUUUUUUUGCGCACAGGGCGCCAUCACCAGCGACAUGUCGGGAACCGGACGGCUGACCAGUGACCCGGCCACUGCCGACUGUCGGAUCUAUGUCGGCAACCUAAACGCCGAAAUCACCCCCAGCGAUGUGGAGCAGCAUUUCGAAAAGAUUGGCAAAGUGUUAGCUGUCACCAUUUUCCGCGGCUACGGCUUUGUACAGUUCACCCGUCCUGAAGAUGCGCAGAAAGCCAUGAGUGAAAAGACGGACCGGAAACUUAAGGGUCGUGUACUAUUCCUGAAGCCGGCCGUCAAGAGUAACGCCAGCGGGCCGCGGCCCGGCCCGCCCGAGCUGGGGCCGCCCCUGGACGACGAGUUCAGCCGCAAGCGACGCCGCGACGACCGUGACCACUGGCAGGAGCUGGGCCCGCGGCCGCGCAGGUUCGAGGCGGACGACCGGGACCUGCCGCCGCCGAUGGACCGCUUCAGGGACGACGGCUACGACCCGUACCACCGCUACCGCGCGCCCACCGGCGGGUACGAGGAGGGCGGCCGGCCGCCGGCUCCCGGAUACCUCACCCACCCGCGCCCCGCCGCCGUCGAGCACGACCGCGCCAACGACUGCGAGAUCGUCGUGCUCGACAGGAAGAACAGGCCGUACGCCGAGGAGGUCGAGGACAGGCUCAAGGUCAUCGGCCUCGCUGUCGACAUGCUGUUCCCGCGGUCGGGCGCGCCCAUCAACCACGUGCUGGACCAGAUCGUGAGCCGCGGCACGCUCUACGCCGUGGUGAUCCACCCGACCAACGAGCAGCACCGCUCCGUCUCGCUCAACAUCAUGCACGGCAACCCGCCGCAGGAGCACCGGAACAUGCCGCUGGACGACGCCAUGAACCUGGUGGCGCGCAACUUCGAGGCCUACAUGCUCUCCAACAAGGACAAGGCGCCGCCGCAAGGCAUCAUCAACCUGCUGGACUUCGUGCGGGAGAACCGGCCGCUCACCGCCAUGGAGUAUAACCGACUGAUCAGGUAUUUGGAGGAGAAGCGCGACCACCAGCUCAAGCCGGACAAGUCCAGUUUGACUUUGACACCGGCGCCCGCGCCCAAGCCUGUGCCGGCCCCCGUUGUCUCAGUGGCGGCGCCGUCGCAGCAGCAGCUAGACCUGCAGCAGAAGAUCCUGACGAUGAUGCAGGCGUACAAGACGCAGCAUCAGUCGACGCUGGCGGUGGGCUCGGCGCCGGUGACGGUGACCGUGCCGGUGCCGGCGCCGGUGGUGGCGGCUGCGCCGCAGAGCUGGGGCGCCGAAACGGCCGGCAGCGGCGCCGCCAUGUCCAGCGUCAAGCUGGCCAUCGACUCGCUCAUCACCAGCGGCCCCAACCUGCUCAAGGGCAUGGAGGCCGGUGGCGAGCGCCAACAGCAGCAGCAGCAGCAGCAACAACAACAGCAGCAGCAACAACAGCAGCAGCAGCAACAGCAGCAGCAGCCGUGGUACGCCGCUCGUGCCAGCAGUCUUGGUCAGGCACCAGCCAAUCCCCUUUUCGGCGCUUAUGCCAACCAGCACUACUAGUGCAAGGUAGGGGGAUGUAGCCCCCGGGCAUCGCCGCCGCGCGCUUUCGUGGUCGCGGAACGAUUGCGUCAUCUGCCGGCGACCCUCGGAACUGCGAGUUCAUGCGUGCGCCGCGAUCAGACUGCGCUAGUGCCACCUAUCGGUAAGGUGGCGAACCGCGUGUUUGGCGUGUGGUUGGCGUCAUUUCAAUGCGCGCGCUGCGGUUGCGUAGUUGUCGGUCGGGUUUGCGCGCUGAGUGUUUUUCAGUGCGGUUUCUUCGCGUGGUCGGAGCCGGUGUCGGCUGCGAUUUUGGGGUAUUGAUUAGUUAAUGUAGGCUGUGUGUUUUGCGUCGGGACUAUUUUUUAUUGAUUGCAUGCCCCGCCGCGGAAGAGAGAGCCUUGGAAUGCAUGAGUCGCCGGCAGUGUAGGUCCAUCCAUGGUUUUAAGUGCCCUCCGCCAUUAUAUCAGUAAUUAUGAGCCGGCGGAUUUGUGGAAUUGGCAUCUGGCCAAAUUGGCUAGUGCUGUCAAUGUCGUGGGGGCGUGUAUUCUUAUCCAAGCCACGGUAAACCUUUUUCGGCACUCGUCACAUUUGCAGAUAUGUCGUAGACCUUAAUGUGCAUUUUGUGCUGUUUCAUGCCUCUGGAAUAACACCGAAUCUUAGUGACA